AUGGUCAAGGCAGUUGUACUCGGUGCUGCAGGUGGCAUUGGCCAGCCAUUGUCCCUUUUACUGAAGACUAAUCCUGAUAUCACCGCUCUUGGUCUCUACGAUAUUGUCAAUACUCCUGGCGUCGCCGCCGAUCUUUCCCAUAUCGCAACCCCGUCUGUUGUUGUUGGCCGUCUCCCGCCUGAUGGUCUGAAGGAGGUGCUCACUGACGCCGACCUCAUUGUCAUCCCCGCCGGUGUUCCUCGCAAGCCUGGCAUGACGCGAGACGACUUAUUCAAGAUCAACGCUGGCAUCGUUAAAGAUCUCGCCACUGGAAUCGCAACAACCGCCCCCAAAGCUUUCGUUCUGGUCAUCUCCAAUCCUGUCAAUUCCACUGUCCCUAUCGUGGCCGAGGUCUUCAAGAAGCACGGGGUAUAUGAUCCUAAGAGGAUCUUUGGUGUUACAACGCUCGAUGUUGUCCGUGCAUCGACCUUUGUCGCUGAAGCUAUUGGAAAGCCCGCAGAGGCUCCCAAAGUCGUCGUCCCCGUCGUUGGCGGCCACAGUGGUGUCACAAUUGUCCCACUCCUUUCCCAAUCCACUCACUCCCUCCCUGCUGAUAUCUCUGCUGAUUCCUACACUGCUCUCGUCAAGCGCAUUCAAUUUGGUGGCGAUGAGGUCGUCAAAGCCAAGGAUGGCGCUGGCUCAGCGACACUUUCCAUGGCAUAUGCGGGUUAUGAAUUCUCCACCAAGAUAAUCCGUGCACUGAAGGGAGAAACUGGAAUCAUUGCACCUAGUUACGUCUCCCUCAAGGCAGACCCCGCUGGUGCCAGCACACUGACUUCCGAGCUUGGCGCGGAGCUGGAGUUCUUCUCUUCCAACGUUGAACUCGGAAAAGAGGGUGUUGUCAAGAUUCACCCACUGGGAAAGAUCACCACACAGGAGCAGGAGCUGGUGAAAGCCGCAAUCCCUGAACUGCAAACCAAUAUUGAAACGGCAAGUUAUCGUGAUGCAUCGGCUAACCUGCCUGUUUCUUUCCUUCAUCCACGUCUGGUUAUGUCUGCUUCUUCGUCGCGCGUCGAUGUCUCGAGGGUAUAUGCUGAUGUGAACUCGACGCGCGGCAAGGCGUGGUAUGACUACAAGAAACUGCGAAUAGAGUGGUCAAGCCCAGACCGCUAUGAGAUCGUCCAAAGGUUGGGAGGUGGCCGGUACUCAGAGGUGUUUGAAGCCGUAGACACGGCAAACAGCGAACGCUGUGUGAUCAAGGUCCUUUUGGAUCGCAAUGCUUUGUCUCUUCAGCCAACAGUAAACAAUCUCCAGGUCCUCAAACCGGUCGCUGUCCACAAAAUCAAGCGGGAGAUUAAAGUUUUGCGGAAUCUUGCAGGCGCUCCCUACUGUGUGGCCCUCAUUGAUGUUGUCCGAGACCCUACUCGAAGAUACCACAGCAUCGUCACCGAGUAUGUCGAUAGCACACCUUGGAACGAGGUCUUUGCGCGCUUUACGCCGUCUGAUAUCCGGACCUAUCUAUUCCAACUUCUAACUGGCCUUGACUUUGUUCAUGCCCACGGAAUUAUUCAUCGCGAUGUUAAACCUCUUAACAUCAUCUGGAAUGCGGCUAAGCGGGAGCUUCGCCUGAUUGACUGGGGACUGGCAGAAUUCUACCAUCCGGAUGAAGAACUCAAUGUCCGAGUUGCUUCCCGUCACUUCAAGGGUCCUGAGCUACUGGUCGGGUACAAACGCUACGACUACAGCCUCGAUCUCUGGAGUACAGGAUGUAUUCUCGCUUCCGCAAUCUUCAGGAAGCACCCUUUCUUCCGUGGAUCGGAUAACGAUGACCAACUGCUCAAGAUUCUCCGUGUUCUUGGCACGGACAAGUUCGACGCGUACCUCAAGGCCUACGACAUUUCUUUUGAAUGCGAAAGCGACGAGUUGCUAGCAAGUUACCCAGCGUGCCCAUGGUCGCGCUUUAUUACAUCUGAGACACAGGCCCUCGCAACGCCCGACGCGCUCAACCUUCUCGACAACCUUCUUCGUUUUGAACCUCGGGAACGUCUGACGGCAAAAGAGGCACUUGCUCACGAGUAUUUCGCCACAGUCCGUGUUGACGGGGGCAAGCUGGAUUCUGCACUGAGUGACUCUGGCUUCGCAUCAAUGUAG